AAUCCCGCCCCGAACCAAAAUGCAGCUGCGCAAUCCAAUAAGAAUUUGAGCAGGCACAAACGCACUGAGCGACUCGAGGGAGGGAGCCAGCCAGCCAGGACGACACCGGGAUAACCGAGAGGAUAAAACACCGGGUAGGGGACUCGGACGGGUUUGUUUACAGGCUGUAGUCUAGCAGGAUUCUUAAUGAACGAAUGCAAAAUCAUAAGUAACAUUAAUCCGAAUACUCAGAACGAGCCUGGUCGUGGAAACCUUCGUCGUCAAUACAGUAUUAACCAGCAGCAUCACCAAACUGGUAAUGAGUUCAGUGUUUCCACCUGGGGCAGCGGAUUUCACGAUUACGCGGCUUUGAGAGCGUGUUUACCUGCUGAAUCACCCACAACCUGGCGCGCACCGGACUCGAACCAAAGAAAAACAUACUAACACAAAAUAAAACCACAACUAGCAGCAGCACUGCAGGACUGGCGAGUUGUUACAAGCCCGGUGAUUUGAAGCGGCGCAGGCGGUGAUGGAGGCAUGACAUGAAGGUUCUGUACGACCGGCAGUCGGCACGCUACAUACAUGAUAGCUCCGUUUGAUGGAUGACUCGCAGUGCACAGGAAUAAAAUAGAGCUCGCAGUAUAACAUUAUGUAUUGAUGAAUGGGGCAGGCCGAUCCUGGGAAGAAGCCGGUUCCACAUCUGGAACUGAAAUCAUUGUGCAGAACAGCGUAAACCCCCGUCCCCCAUUUUUUUUUUCGGCCAUUGUAUACCACAGCAAGACGUGUUGGAUGGCGCUGGGCAGCUGAAAAAGAAGGGACUGGAUACUGCAUGUAAUUUUGAAGGGGAGUGAGUAGGUGGGACAUUGUAUUGCAUGGCUGUGAUACACACGCUAAAAUCUACUUUGAGCAAUGUUUCCUCUAUCCGUGUGACACACGGGCAAUUUUGUAUCUGGAAAAUAUUUUGUUUUGUUUUCACUGUCUCCCGUCCCAACUCGUGGUAGCGUUAAUAACUUGGUUGGGCAACAGUGUGGGGGUUACAGUUUCUAGCAGGAAGAUGUAAACGGACAGUUACCUUGGAUUUCACACUCAGUGCGGCGCCUGGGGUUGUGGAUAUGGAGCAUGUGAAGCGGAUACCCGGGGCGGGGGCGCGCACGCGCACAGACAAGAUCGAGCAGGACCAGGAGAACGGCGACAUCACUGGACCGGUUCCGGGCGCAUCCGGACCGAACCGGCUCAGGCCAUCCUCGUACCGGGCCCUGCGCAGUGCCGUGUCCACUCUGGCCAGGAUCGACGACUUCUACUGUGAGAAAAUCGGGGCAGGUUUCUUCUCUGAUGUUUUUAAGGUGAGACACAGGAUUUCGGGGCAGGUGAUGGUUCUGAAGAUGAACAAGCUGAUGAGUAACCGUGCGAACAUGCUGCGUGAGGUGCAGCUCAUGAACCGACUGUCCCACCCCAACAUCCUGCGGUUCCUGGGAGUCUGUGUUAAUGAGGGGCAGCUCCAUGCACUCACUGAGUACAUCAAUGGAGGGAACCUGGAGCAGUUACUGGACAGCAACGUCUACCUUUCCUGGUCUGUCCGAAUGAGGCUGUCUCUGGACAUCGCCAAGGGGCUGCGAUACCUGCACUCCAAAGGGAUCUUCCACCGCGACCUCACAUCCAAGAACUGUCUGGUGCGCUGCGAGGAUGGACGCUUCAGCGCUGUGGUGGGGGACUUCGGACUGGCUGAAAAGAUCCCCAACUACAGUGAUGGAGGAGAGAAGCAGCCCCUGGCAGUGGUGGGCUCCCCCUACUGGAUGGCUCCAGAAGUGCUGAGAGGAGAGCUCUACAAUGAGAAGGCUGACGUCUUUGCCUAUGGGAUCAUCCUUUGUGAGAUCAUCGCCCGGAUACAGGCAGACCCGGACUUCCUGCCGCGCGCUGAGGACUUUGGUCUGGAUGUGCAGGCUUUCCAGCACAUGGUGGGAGACUGUCCGGCUGCCUACCUCCAACUCGCUGUGACCUGCUGCAAUAUGUCCCCCGAGCAGAGGCCCUCGUUCUCUGAGAUCGCUCAGCAGCUGGAGAGGAUCCUGGAGGAACAGCAGAAGCAGGAGGAGGAGGAGGAGAGGAGUGAGACACAACGAGCAAGGAGCCAAGGGGAGAGCUGGGAGUACGUGCUGAGAGACGGCACCCAGGACCCCUUGAGCUGCAGUCCUGCUCGGAGGCGCUCGCUGUGUCUGCACCUCCCCCGAGACCAGCGGCUGUCCCGCAGCCAGUCAGAUAUGCUCCCUCCCAAAUCGCCCCCCUUUGAUUGCCUGGUUGGGAUGCCAGCCCGGGUCAACCCCUUCACCCUGCGAGAGGACCUCAAUGGAGGCAAGAUCAAGCUGUUUGACACGCCCAGUAAGUCUGUCAUCUCCCUGACCUUCGACCUGUCACCGCCCACUGACUCCUACCCAGCGACCCAGUCUGUAAACGCCAACCCCCUGCUCGACCGGUGUGGCUUUGUGGGGCCUGGAGCAACCCAGAGGUGCAGGUCUCUCCCAAACUCUCCCGAGCUGCCUCGGAAAGCUAGCUUCCUGAAGGAACUGAGAGAGCGGGCACAGGAGGACUUCGAGAACCCGGAGAUCUCGAGGGAACAGGAUCUGGAAAUCUCUCAAUGUGUUUCGCAAGACGGAGACCUGGAAACGGCACGUGAUCUUGAAAUUAUAGACCUGGAGAUCUUACAGGAACAGGGCCUGGAGUUUGGAGACCAGCAGGUGGAACCAAUGGACUGCUCGAGCAGCCCUGACACACUGGACGGGUCCAUAUUCCUGGACAGACCAGUGCAGCCCUUCCUGAACACCUGCCUGGUGACCCCGCCUUCUCCGCGCUCCAAAGACUGGCAGGCCGGCGUCUCGAAUGGACUCUCCCCCAACGACAACAACAACACUGUGGUGGUGAGCCGGCCGCUGGGCUGGGAUCACGGUUUCCAUGGAGACGGCUCUUUCCCGCUCAACACUUCCAGCGGCACCCUGGAGCAGGAUGAUGUCAUUUCCUGUCCGGGCUGCUGCCUGGCGGGACUGAGGUUUCCCUCUGUGUGUCUGAGACCCUUGCGUAGGAACCCCCCUCCCUACAAGAACCUGAACAGGGAGACGCGGGGGCUGCUGUGCCGGGGGAAGCCCUUGAACCCAGGACAUGCAGGCAGGAAGACAGAGCCCAGUCUGACCAUCCCAGAGGCACAGACAUAGUCGUGGUACAGACUGGGAAACAGAAAGGCACUUUGUUAUUAAUGUCAAUAUUAUUAUUAUUGUUAUUAUUAUUAUUGUUAUUGUUGUUUUUUGGAGGGUUUAUGAUUUGCUGGAUCUUUCUUUGUUUGUCUCCCCUUCGAGACCUUUGACUAAAUCGCUGUAACUGUUGGGUUUUUGCGUGCAUUAGCUAACAGCGUGUUGAUAUAUAAAGUGGCUACUGCUGCUGUGGAAAUAGCACUCACCCCCGUACUGGACCACCCUGUAACAAGAGGCUGAAAUGGGAUACCAGGGAGUGCUUUUCAGACAUGAGGCAUGUCACAGUGUGAAGAAGAUUGUUGAUGCCACCUCCAGGCAAUUCAAAGUAAUGUGCAAUUCUGUCACAAUAAAAGAAACAAAUACAUUGUGACAAAGGGCGGGACCGAGCAGACAGCAGCCUCGCACUCUGCCCACUACCCUGCUGAUUUGGGCACAGUUCCCAUCUUUUGUUAACUUGAUUUAAUUAUUAAAAAUGGUCAUAUAUAUAUAUAUAUAUUUAUUAGUCUUAAAACAGUCUUUGAGGUUUUGUGGUUAGGGCCUAUUCACUCCUAAACUCGUGCAGUAUGACAUCAGCAGAGGGGAGAGCUUUGAAUUGUGACAUCACCAGAGGGGAGGGCCUUGAAUUGUGAAAUGUCUCCUCUGCCCUGGAGGGACUCUUGCAAAUGCAUCCUUUUGAGAACGAGAGAAAGCCUUUCAGCCCAUCCACGCUCGCCCAGUUUGCGUCCAUGUGUGAUUAGCUAUUCUUUCACUGUGAAAGCCAUGCAAGUCCUUCUGGAGAGCAAAAGCAGCUAAUGAAGCAAUUGGUACCUACCUCUAUCAGAGGUUCCAAAAUGAUUUUUUUAGGGGGGGGGAUGGUGUGGCUUGUUUUUAAAAAUAAUUUUGUAUAGGGACCACCGCCCCUUGUUCCACACAAGUUGAAAACCUGAGCAAAAGAAACAUGAAAUGGUUACUUUCCUGUGUAUCGCCUGAAUAUUGUCGCAAGGCCUGAUUCUCACCAUACCAGUGAAAGAACACUUCUUUUAUUAUUCUCAGAUUAAAUACAUGAGCUGUUUGAGAACCACUGCACUUGGUGACCCCCCCGCUCUAUGUGCUUCCAUGGGCCCUUUACUCAUGCACGAAAUCGACGCUGCACAGCAGCAGUGAAGUUACUUACAACCCCAGUGUAUAAACACGUGUGGAAGUGUUCAUUUUAUUCAGUCUUGCAAUGCAUUCCUUGUGUAAAAUGUUGUGUUUUGUAAUGUGCAUCCCCCCACAAAAACACACAGCAGUUUGUCAUUGCUGUCAUGUUAGUUCUUGGUACAGUGAGCACUGAUGUAUAAAGUUUAUCAGGUAAAAAAAGAAAAAGAGGAGGGAUUCUAAAAAGAUGCACGUUUUAUAAAUUAUGCUAUAUAUUUGAAGCCAAAAAAUAAAUUGUGUACCAGCGUCCAAGCAUGUUGAUUUUUUCCCCCCCUGUACAGCGUUUCUUUUUUUCUUUUGACUUUCUUUGAUUUCCUUUUGUUUUCCUUGUAUUUGAGCAAUGCACUGAUUUGAGAGGGUGAGGCAGUUCAUACGCAGACUGGUGUUAAGUGGCCCUCCAGAUACCAACCAGCAAUUUUGAUAGACAAGACUGGCUAGGAGAUAUAAAGUUUCUGUAUUUUUUUCAAUGUUCUGUACUAUAUAAUGUGUUUUUUUUUUUUGUUACUAGAAUUUGAAUUCCCUUGAACUGCUGUAUUGAAACUCGUUACAUAUGCUGGAACUCUGGUUUGAACCUUACAGUUGAGUUGCAUAUGUAUCCCAUGGCGGCUCCAUUUGAGAGCACACAUAGGUCUGUGUGUAAUUUGAUUUGACAUUUAUCACGUGCACAGACUGCUAUGAUAGAACACUUGAUUUUUUUUUUGUAGGUGCUUUGCAACAUUACAUGAAGCCUCUGAACUCCAAAAGCACUUUGCAUUAGCUGGUAAUAAAACGUGAUUAUGCAAACAAAUUCAAAAGAAUAUUCUUAAAAACGAAUAAAAAUAUGAAUGGUAAAA